GAGAAGCAGACGGACGAUGAAGUCUAUGCGCCAGGCUUGGAUAUCGAAAGCAGCCUGAAGCAGCUGGCUGAGCGCCGUACUGACAUCUUUGGCGUGGAGGAGACGGCCAUCGGCAAGAAGAUCGGGGAGGAGGAGAUCCAGAAGCCAGAAGAAAAGGUGACCUGGGACGGUCAUUCGGGCAGCAUGGCCCGCACCCAGCAGGCGGCCCAAGCCAACAUCACCCUGCAAGAGCAGAUUGAGGCGAUCCAUAAGGCCAAGGGGCUGGUGCCAGAGGACGACAGCAAGGAGAAGAUCGGCCCAAGCAAGCCCAACGAGAUGCCACAGCAGCCGCCGCCUCCACCACCCUCCUCGGCCCCCAACAUGCCGACCAACGCCCCGCCGAUCGCAUCUGUGCCUCGCCCGCCUUCGAUGCCACCCCCUGUCCGCACGACUGUGGUCAGCGCCGUCCCGGUCAUGCCUCGUCCCCCUAUGACUUCCGUCGUCCGCUUGCCGCCGGGGUCCGUGAUUGCCACGCCGAUGCCACCCAUCAUCCACGCCCCCCGGAUCAAUGUUGUGCCGAUGCCACCAACGGCUCCCCCCAUUAUGGCACCGCGCCCGCCUCCCAUGAUCGUGCCGACAGGAUACAGACAGGGACCGGUCAGCGCACCAGCGUUUGUUCCAGCGCCGCCUGUUGCGCCGGUCAGUGCGCCGGCGCCUAUGCCGCCGGUUCACCCGCCACCCCCCAUGGAAGAUGAGCCAGCCUCCAAGAAACUGAAGUCUGAGGACAGCCUGAUGCCCGAGGAGGAGUUUCUGCGUAGAAACAAGGGUCCGGUCACUGUCAAGGUCCAGGUGCCCAACAUGCAGGACAAGACCGAAUGGAAGCUGAGCGGUCAAGUGCUGGUCUUCACCCUCCCUCUCUCGGACCAGGUAGGCACCCCAAGUUUGCCCUAAGCGAAGAACGGUCAGCAAAGGAGGCGCACCCCGUCUCCA